CUAUGGCCAUUUACUCAUGUCAAUUCCACAGUUGUGUACAUUAUACUAUUUCCUCGAGUUGUGUACUGCUUUGGUGAAUGCAGAAGUUGCCGGUUAUAAUUAUUACUCAUAAAAUACAUGUAAUUAAGAUCCAUCAACAUGAUUAUAUUGACUGGGAACAGUCUAAAUGAGAGACAUCGGGAGCUGAACACCAAGGUGAAUCAAGCAGUAACAAAUGGUGUGUCGUUUGAUGAAUUCAAAUUACAAAAUGAGAAGACUGACAUUGACAGACUGUUUAAAAUAGACUUGGCAAACAAGAAAAAAGAAUUAGACUACAUUAUCGAGACCCUCAAGUGCGGAGACAGCGUGUAUAUCACCAGAGCAUUAAAAUGUCAAUGGCUUUAUCAAGAAGAGUUUGCCCACAUUGUCAAUCCAGAUUACCUGGAACAACAUGUCUUCCCAGAAAUGCCAUUUAAGAUGAGAAGGAAAUUUUUAAAGCUGAUAUCUCAGCACAUGACCAACAGUGAUCGAGCAGCUCUGUUCUGCUCUUACUGUAUAAAAAUGAAAUUACCGGAAAUAGCUCUCAAGUUUCUGUGGUAUGCUCCAGAAUCAAAGAAAGUAGAGGUGAUUAAAGACCACCAUAUAUUUAUCGCUGUCAAGGACAUGGUAAACAUUGUUGGUGAUUCAUUCACUGUAGCUAGAACUGUGUUAGAUGAAGUAAACGAAAACGAAGUUUGUAAUUUACUAAAACUGCUGAGCUACCUGUAUUCUGUGUCGGAUGUUAAAUAUCUGGAUCUUGUUGAGAAAUAUAUGUUUAAACAUAAAUUAACUUGGCCAUGUAGUCAAAGGUUUGGAUUACGACUUUCUAAACAUAUAAUGAAAAACCACAGAAACAGGCUGUUUUGCCACACAAAAUUGUACCUAAGUAUGCUUAAUAGAAAAAUGCUAGUAAAAUAUAGUACCGCAGACGAAGUAAAAAAAUAUGUUACAAAUAUAAUAUCUUUUUACACAUUCUGGGACUUUUAUAGAGAAUAUGAGUUUAUACUAGAGGUAAUUCCGCUAGAAACAAGGCUACAUUACCUAAAAGAGGUCUUUAUUAAGCACCACCCGGAAAAAGAAUUUGAAAUGAGUAUGGAGUUUUAUUAUGCUGGUUUGUACAAAUUAAUGACAAAUGCAGAGAGAGAAGCUUGGGCCCUGGAACAUGUAGAGUCUGGUCUUGAGCAUUUUGGUCAUGGUCAAGAUUUCAAAUGGUUCGAGUUUGUAUCGUUUGACAAAGCAUUUGAGCCUCUCAAAAAAUACAUAUUAGUUGCUGCUAAUGCUGAUAUCAGGAUCGAUAUUGUCAAUGUGCUAGUCAGCAGCGCACAGUCAGACCGCGAAUUAGAAACGUUGUUUAAUUAUUACUAUCAAAGAUUUGUUAACGAAAUGAUACGUAAUAAAGUUAAGUUUAUUGAAAAAGUUUUAAGUACCCAUAGCUACCAUAAAUUCGAUGAGAAUUGUUGGCAGGCAUUCAAUAAAAUUUUACACAGCAUGGAUGUUUACGACAAUAGGAAUACCUAUAGCUGCAAGGCAGAAUAUAAGUUAAUCGCCAUAGUUUAUGCUAUCGUUCAUAAAAUAGAACUACAUAACGCUCUAAAGCAGCAUAUUGAUGGAAGAUUAAAUUUAAAUUUAUUAAAACAGCAAACUGACAAAUUGCCUUCAGAAAAUGUUGAGAUUAUCUAUAAUUACAUGAGUAAUUACUAUUUACAAAAAAUAAAUGAGUUCAACAUUGAAAACUACGAUGAAAACGUUAAAUUGGGUGUUAGAAAAUAUAUACACAGUCUAUUGGAGCUAAUGAUUCAGUAUGAUAAGCCUAAAAAAGAUAUUCCAGAUAUAGUUAUGGAAUUUGUCGCACUAGACCGCGAGGAAUACAAGGAUAACAGUUUGUUAAAGGAAGAAGAAAUUCCCCUCACACAAUUUGUCCUGAUGAAAGAUUUAAAAAAGGAUGCAUCUAUAGUAGUAUCCAAAAUUACAUUACUCAAUAAAAAACUUGAAAAUAAAACAAGAUUCAGUCUUGCUUAUCUGUUAAGAAAAUUAAAGAUUUACUUUUCUACUGAUAUAGCACUAAACUUUGUAGAAUUGUUUAAUAAAAUACUAUCUUCAGAUGAAUUAUGUGAAGAAAUCUACGAUGCUGCUGUUUACGGAUUAUUUCAUCUAGCAGAGUACGCAGAUAGAGUUGGAUUGGUUACCAAGUAUGUUCCAACUGAAUCAAAAAUUGACCACGUUGAGAUUGAACGGAAAAUAUUGUACAUCAGGAAAGCUAUAUGCAAAUUUGUAUGUUUGUCGCGCCCUAUCGUUCCUUUAUCAGAAACACAGAAGUAUAUAGUUGGUGACUAUUUAAAGUUCUGUUUACCAAUGUUUCAAUCAUAUGCAGCUAAUUUGCAACCUGCUGUGUUAAGAGAAUUUGUCAAGUUCUUGCUAAACUCGCCAGCUUCCAUACUAAAACACGGCAUACGCUUGGCGUUCGAGUGUUUCAGCAUUCAUGAUUUAAAAAUAACAGUGACAAAUAUUUGGAAGAAAAUGAAAAAUGUGUCAAUAAGGUUGGUAGUGUACAAAGAAAUCCACCAAAAAAUUGUAAAUGACUUGCAAGAAGAACUAUAUGAAACUCUCAAAGCGUUCACUCUGGAUGUGCGUGAAGACGACGACAAUGAACUGUUCACAGAAAUGACUAAAACACAGCUUCCAAGUCAUCUCUUAGGCGAUCAUAUUUUAUGUACAUGGCAGGUAUUGAAUACAUUACCUGAUAUACAUAUCAUGAUUAUCCGCAAGACUAGCGUACUGAGGAACAUGGUAGAUCAUUUUGAAUUAAUGCAGCAAGAUGCGGUUGAAUCAAUUGUAUGCGAGCAUAUUACAACCAUGUUUAACGAGGGACAAAUGAAACGCUUAGAUGAAACAUACCUGAGAGAUUUCUUCAACGCUAAAUGGAAUCUGACUGCAAGAUAUCUCAUGUAUCUACCGAGCCAGGAAGUUUUGAAACGUAAAUUGGAGAUUGUAGACACUUUAGUUAAAGAAUCGACAAAGUCGUGGAGGUCUGAACAAGCAAAUAUGUAUGUCUUCCGGGGAUUUUUAGUUGGUUUUGUUGAGGUCCUUAGUAGUAAAAUAUUUUACAAUGAGUCAACCUACUGCUUACACGGAAUUGUGAUAUUAAAACAAGUUUUGAAAGAUUUACUAGAAGCUGUGCCGCUACCAGAGAUAUAUGACACAAUUUGGUAUUUACGGUUGACUAUCAUAGUCGCAAAUACUAUAGUUGAUGCACGACGUACCUUGGCCGAACAAGACGAUUCUAAUAACUUAGUGGCAUUUGAACAGUACAUUGACAACUUUGCUAAAGAAUUUGCAAUAUUAUUUAAUGAAUUUGUGGAGGAAAACAACUGUUACACAUUAGCGAAUAGUAUAAUCAUCGAGUUUUUGGAAACAUUUGCCCGAAAUUUAAUAUCUAACUGGCCCUUUAAAGUGAAUGCCAAAGAGGAGUAUGUAUAUACCGCAGUAAGCUCUAGAUUGGUAGAAAUAGAAAAAUAUGAAACUUAUAAAUUCGCUUUAGAAAUAUUGCCGACGGAAGCAGCAGAUCCGUGUACACAUAACAAGAUAAUAGAUAAAAUAAAAUCCUUCGAAAACGACAAUAUCAGAUACUAUUACUACAAGAAGUUUGAAGAUAACGAGGUUUUAAUAGAAUUUUGAACAUAUUACGAAAUUUAUUCUCUAUUAUAAAUAUAUUGGUUGUAACAUAUAAUGUUGACUGUAUUAUAAACAUUUUAUAUUUUAAAUAAGUAAACUAUUCUGAAACAAACUUGUUUUAUCGUUCGGUUUAGUUUUGGAUUUGAGAAAGACAAUUAUUGAACGAAACGGAAACAAUUCCUCGAAGAGGUUUUUGCAAACAGAUGAGGAAUGCAAUUUACUAUUAAAGCUCUUUGAACAUCGUAUUCUUAAUUAUUAAUAUCACACUAAAGUGUAACUAAUUUAACAAUGUAUAUAGUUCGAAUAUCAAGUCUAGCAUAACUGUGUAUGUAUUUUUUAAAAUUUUUAUUAGAUAAAAACUAUGUUAUGACGAUGGCAAUUGGUAUGGCGUCUACCUUAUGCACUCCUUCGUUUGCAUAAGACGUCACAAAGCAUUUUAUGCAUUGUUUUUUGUAUUUAUCCGGUCUCAGGGCCUGGGAGGAAGAAGGGAUGGGAUAGAGUGAAGGAACAGAAAAGGACAGCCUUGAAAUAUAUUGUACUAGAACAUUUAUAAAGGACGCGUCAUGAGCGUAUCGCUGCAAAAGAUAACUUUUUCAUAUAUUCACUUUCAAUGUACACUACAAGGCCGUUCUCUGACGUAGACGUGCGUCACGCAGUGUGCCUGUUCUGUGUAAUUGUAGAUGGGUAGUAUAUAAUAAAUAUUUUUAUGAGUUUCAUGGUGUGGUUUUUAAAUACACCGUGUUCGCACUAUAGGUAAUUGUAGGCUUGUGGGCUGUAUGCGGUAUAUGUAGCGAUCACCUAACAAUACCCAACGUCACACGCGCCGGUCGGAGCGAGGCGCGUUGCCUCCGCCUCUUAGCGCGCGGCCGGCCAGCCGUCAGGAAGUUGGUCAGCUGACGCAUGUGGCGCAUUUAUAACUCUCUAACGCCUAUCACUAAGCCGAUCAUACUUUUUGUUACUUUGCUUUAGACUCUCUCUUUUUUUCUCUUCUCUCCUAGUGCGGGUUCUACUCUUGCGUUAUUGUAUUUUUUGGCACGGAAUAAAACUCUCUUUUCAUGUGGA